UUUCAGACAAUGCAGUGUACACUUUGGAGUUCCAUUUUACGUAACCCGUUCACCUCUCUCGUCUCGGCACUCCUUGGCAAGGCUUCUCGUUUGCGAGGUUUAAUCUAGUCAAUAGAGGAGGUCCUACGUUUCUAGUUGAACCCGAUGACACCCUCGGCCACCAAGAAUGGCGACUCCUCUGCAUCCUCCUCCUCCUCCUCUUGCAGCUGCUGCCGCCGCCGCCGCUGCCGCGGGCCCACAUGCCGCCAGACGGUCACUCUUCGCCCGAUGAUGCCCUGGCCCCCGACCCCGAUCUCGAGGGGUGCUGGGAGUAGUGUCCUUUGCUGCUGCUUCUGCUGCGGCUGCGGUGUUUCUGGCUUGAGAACCUGGCUGGACGUGGGACUAGAUGUUGUUGGUGGUGGUGGUGGUGGGGAAGAGGAAGAAGAAGAAGAGGGGGAGAGGUUGAGACUGAGAGAGUGCAGGACGGGGCUGGUGGUCGGGGAGUCGAGCAGGUUCCCCGAGGCGUGGAUAUGCACUGUGAAUAUCUGUGCCUGGUGGUGGUCGUCGUGUUUGUCCCAGGUCAAUUGCUUUUCCAGGUUUCCUGCUGCUGUUGCUGAUGAUGAUGGGGAUGAUGAUGCUGCUGCUGGUGGUGUAGAAUGUGCUGAUGGGUGGUGUUCUGAUUCUGGCUCUGAAGUGGCAGGCAGGGUGGAAAUAAAGGUCAUGUGCGUCGCCCAGUUUCCCGUGUUGCUCUGCCCGACGACAGGCUUCUCGGCGGUGAUGUCUGGGCUGUUGUGGAAGAUGAGAGAGCCCGAGAAGGGCACUGUGUCUGUCCGGCUCUUGCUCUGUCGUACUGCUGCUGCCGCUGGUGGCGGUAGCCCACCCUCGCUGUCAAAUUUCGACUCGACAUCGCAGUCCUCCUCGGUCCGGCCUGGGGAUAACGGCGGUGAUGGCGGUAAAUAUGUUCUGCUUGCCCGGGGGGUUUUGGGGUGCUGUAGCGGUGCUGCAAGUUUCCGGGUUGUGCCUUGUGUUGACGGCGGUGGUGGUCUGAGAACCACGAGGGCGCCGCCUAGUGACGCCCUGGGAGUGUUGCAGCUUCUUCCGCACAUAUUUCCAGUGUUUCUGACGAGUCUGUUGAUUGUCCCUGGUAAUACUGAUGGUGGCCGUGGCUAUGGUGUUUAGAAUGUCGUUCCAAUUCAGAGAAGACUUUCAGUGAAUGAUGGUGAUUUUUUCUUAAAUGCCAGGACUUGAGGAUGUUGUUCUCUAGUCUGCUGUCUAUUGUGCUCUAAAACACGUUUGUGUGGUUUUGCAACCUUGAUGGCUGGUUGGGUACGCGUGCGUGACUCAGGAUAGACAGACACC